AUGCUUCUUCCACACCUCCUCGUAUCUCUUCUACCCACCCUCAUAUCCGCCGCCACCCUCACGCUCUCCGUCCCGCCCCACAUCCCCGCCCUCCCUCCCUCGACCAGCGCAAUCCUCACAACGCACGGUCAGCGCAUCAAAGUGCCCGUAACGCGCAGCAACACCUUUGUCUUCCGCAAUCUUACGUCGCCCUCUACUUCAGACCCUGCAUCCUCGGGUUCGGAAAGAGGGAUAUCGGUCUCGUAUCUGCUGGAUAUAGCGUGUCGCGACUACGAUUUUCUCUCCUAUGGGGUGGACGUUAAGAGUGGUGGGGUUGUGCAGGUGUAUAGGGUGAGCAGGGGAGGCAUUGUGACGGGUGAGAAGGUUACGGUUGGUGAAGAGCCGGUGGAGGUGAGGGUGUUGAGGGGUAGGGAUUAUUAUGAGGCCAGGGCCGGAUUCUCGCCCCUGGACCUACUUAAGAACCCUAUGAUCCUGAUUGCGGUGGUGGGACUGGGCUUCGUGGUGGGCAUGCCAUACCUGAUGGACAGCAUGGAUCCGGAGAUGAAGAAGGAAUUUGAAGAACAGCAGAAAAAGAGCAUACUGAGUGGUGGAGCGAGCACGGCGAAUCCUUUGCAAAAUUUUGACAUGGCGGGUUGGAUGGCUGCGAAGACGUCCGGGAAGGGUACGGAGACUGGCAAUGAGGGAAGUGGAAGGGAUGUGAGGAGGAGGGGAUGA